ACACUGUCCUACCGUAGCAACGAUCGAGACGAGUAUGCGGUAUCAUCUUCAAAAACAACACAAAUGUCGACCGCUAUUCCUAAACAGCUUAUGAUUGUAUUGCAAAAUGGGUCGUACAAGGUGCUCUCGUUGGGCGCCGAUGUGCUGCCGGAGUACAAGCUGCAGCCGACGCGCAUCCAUCAUUGCACCAUUGUGCAUUACAGUCCAUUUAAAGCAGUCUGGGACUGGAUCAUAUUGCUGCUUGUUAUCUAUACGGCAGUAUUCACACCAUACGUUGCGGCAUUUCUUCUCAGAGAAUUGCAAGAUACCUCACGUAAGGCUCGAUUUUCGGAGCCGUUGGAAAUCGUGGAUUUGAUAGUGGAUAUUAUGUUUAUAGUGGAUAUUAUUAUUAAUUUUCGCACUACGUACGUCAAUGAAAAUGACGAAGUGAGUUUAGUAGUCUCACACCCGGGUAAAAUUGCCAUCCACUAUUUCAAAGGAUGGUUCAUCAUAGAUAUGAUAGCUGCCGUACCGUUUGACUUGUUGUUAGUCAACACGAACAGUGAUGAAACCACAACCCUUAUUGGUUUACUGAAAACUGCUCGAUUAUUACGGUUAGUUCGGGUAGCGAGGAAAUUAGAUAGAUAUUCUGAGUACGGUGCUGCCGUGUUGUUACUGUUAAUGGCGACGUUCGCUUUGAUCGCUCAUUGGUUGGCUUGUAUAUGGUAUGCUAUCGGUAGUGCUGAAUUGCCACAUAAACGAGAAAUCACCUGGUUACAUCAAUUAUCUCGACAUCUGAACGAACCGUACUUGUCGACAAAUGGCACAGUACCAACGGGUGGACCAUCGUUGAAGAGCCGAUAUGUGACAUCUUUGUAUUUUACACUGUCAACUAUCACUUCUAUAGGUUUCGGCAACGUCUCAGCGACGACGGAUUCCGAAAAGAUAUUCACUAUUAUAAUGAUGAUUCUAGGAUCUUUAAUGUAUGCCUCUGUGUUCGGUAACGUGUCCGCUAUCAUUCAGCGGUUGUACAGUGGAACAGCACGAUAUCACACGGAAAUGUCGCGAUUGCGCGAGUUCAUUCGUUUCCAUCAGAUUCCAAAUCCCCUACGACAACGACUCGAAGAGUAUUUUCAGCAUGCCUGGUCCUAUACGAACGGAAUCGAUAUGAACUUGGUGCUGAAAGGUUUUCCGGAUUGUCUGCAAGCGGAUAUCUGUCUACAUCUUAAUCGGAAUCUUUUGAACAGUUGUCCGGCGUUCGCCGGCUGUACGCCCGGAUGUCUGCGAGCACUUAGUAUGAGAUUUCGUACCACUCACGCACCUCCGGGUGACACUCUCGUGCAUCGCGGUGACAUUCUCACCGGAUUGCAUUUCAUCGCCAGAGGCAGUGUGGAAAUUCUUAAUGAUGACAACACCGUUAUGGGUAUUCUUGGAAAAGAUGAUAUAUUUGGAGAGAACCCGCUUUUGUAUGAAGAUGUUGGGAAGUCAUCAUGUAACGUUCGUGCUCUCACUUAUUGCGAUCUUCAUAAAAUUCUUAGAGACGAUUUGCUCGACGUUCUUGACAUGUAUCCAGAAUUUGCGGAAAACUUCUGCAAAAAUCUUGUCAUCACUUACAAUCUACGUGAUGAAUCGCAGUCAACGAAGAAACGGUUUGAUCGGCACAAGUUGUUGAGGAUGUCAUCUUCACUAAACAAAGAUCGAUUUGGUAGGUCCAUCGAUAUUUAUAUUCUUUUCUUUUUUCAGUUGUUUUUUUGCUUUGCAAGCCUCUUAUGUAGCUCCAAAAACAGCUGCUUAUUUCGCUUUUACCUAUUCUCUUUGAGUAGGAUGCUCGACUUCUUAGAAGCUGACACGCGGGACUUUUUCGUAGUUAUCGCGGAGCAAUAUCUCAAACUUGGGUAA